GUAAUUUUGAUAUAUAUUUUGAGGCGCGAAAAUGGGCAUUGAAAAACUUGCAUUGUUUCUGCUAUACGCGUUUCUGUGUCAACUUGUUUUCUCCUCAUCUUUACCUCAUUUGUGCCCCAAUGAUCAAGCCCUUGCUCUUCUUCAAUUCAAAAACACGUUUACUAUAAAUCUUGAUGCUUCUUAUAGUGGUUAUUAUCCUAAAACAGUUAAAUGGAAUAAGAGCACAGAUUGUUGUUCAUGGGAUGGAGUUAAGUGUGACGAGAUAACAGGACAAGUGAUUCAGCUUGAUCUCAGUCGCAGCCAACUUCAAGGCGAGUUUCAUUCCAGCAGUAGCCUCUUUAAACUCUACAAUCUCAAAAGGCUUGAUUUGUCUGAAAAUGAUUUUUCUGGAUCGUUCAUUUCACCUAAAUUUGGUGAGCUUUCUAAUUUGACACAUCUUGAUUUGUCAUAUUCAACUUUUACAGGUAUAAUCCCAGCAGAAAUAUCUCGUCUUUCUAAAUUGCACGUUCUUAGUAUCGAGAGUGAUCCAUAUGAGCUUAGAUUCGAACCUCACAAUUUUGAACUGCUCCUCAAGAACUUAACCCAAUUAAGAGAGCUCCGCCUUAGCUCUGUGAACAUCUCUUCCACCAUUCCUCUGAAUUUCUCUUCUUAUUUGACAACUCUACACCUUCAGAACACGCAGAUAUACGGGACAUUGCCCGAAGGAGUUUUCCACCUUUCCAACUUGGAAUCUCUUGAUAUAUCAUUCAAUCCCCAGCUCACUGUUAAGUUUCCCACAACCAAAUGGAAUAGCAGUGCAUCACUCAUGGAGUUAUAUCUCAGUGGUGUGAAUGCUACUGGUACGAUACCUGAAUCAUUUGGUCAUCUAACUUCACUGCGUAUAUUAGAUUUGUUUUCUUGUAAUCUCUCAGGCUCUAUUCCUAAACCUCUAUGGAAUCUCACCAACAUAGAGGAAUUGAACCUUGAUUGUAACCAUCUUGAAGGACCAAUUUCUGAUUUCUUUAGAUUUGGAAAUCUCCGGGUGUUAUCACUUGGACAUAACAACUUGGAUGGCCAACUUGAGUUCUUAUCCUUUAACAGAAGCUUGACGCAACUUCAAUUCUUAUAUUUUUCAUUCAAUUCCCUAACAGGUCCCAUUCCUUCUAAUGUAAGUGGUAUGCAAAACCUACAAUCACUCAGCUUGUCAUCAAACCACUUGAAUGGGACUAUACCAUCCUGGAUAUUCUCCCUCCCUUCACUAAGUUUUUUAGAGUUGAGUGAUAACCAUUUCAGUGGAAACAUUCAGGAGUUCAAGUCCCAAACAUUUUUUUCUGUUUCUCUAAAACAAAAUCAGCUGCAAGGUCCUAUUCCAAAGUCACUCCUAAACCAGCGUGAGCUAUAUUAUCUUCUUCUUUCGCACAAUAAUCUCAGUGGACAGAUUGCUUCAACCAUCUGCAAUCUGAAAACACUAGAAGUGCUAGAUUUGGGCAGCAAUAAUUUGGAGGGAACAAUCCCACUAUGUUUGGGUGAGAUGAGUAGACUUCAGGUUUUGGAUUUAAGCAACAAUAGUCUUAGCGGGACAAUUAAUACUACUUUUAGUAUAGGAAACAAACUUGGAGUCAUUAAAUUUUACGGGAAUAAGCUAGAGGGGAAAGUCCCGCAAUCUUUGAUCAAUUGCCCAUUUUUGGAAGUUCUUGAUUUAGGUAACAAUGAGUUGAGUGACACAUUUCCUAAAUGGUUGGGAGCCCUACCUGAGUUGCAGAUUUUGAACUUGAGAUCAAAUAAGUUCUUUGGCCCUAUAAAAGUUUCUAGGACUGACAACUUAUUUGCUCAAAUUCGAGUCAUAGAUCUCUCAUCUAACGGAUUUAGUGGACAUUUACCCGUGAGCCUUUUCAAGAAAUUUGAAUCCAUGAAAAUAACUAGUGAAAACAGUGGAACCCGAGAGUAUGUAGGAGAUACAGGUUUAUAUUAUUACACAAUUUCCUUGAUAGUGACAACAAAGGGACUGGAUCUUGAGCUUCCUCGAGUUUUGACUACAGAGAUUAUUAUCAAUCUCUCAAGGAAUAAACUUGAAGGUCAUAUCCCAGGCAUUAUUGGAGAUCUCAUUGGACUUCGUACUUUGAACCUAUCUCAUAAUCGCUUGGAAGGUCACAUACCAGCAUCACUGCACCAGCUAUCUGUACUUGAAUCAUUGGAUCUCUCAUCCAACAAAAUCAGCGGAGAAAUUCCACAACAACUUGCAUCCCUCAAAUCACUUGAAGUCUUAAAUCUCUCUCACAAUCAUCUUGUUGGAUGCAUACCCAAAGGAAAUCAAUUUGAUACGUUUGAGAAUAGUUCAUACCAAGGAAAUGAUGCGUUACGUGGAUUUCCACUCUCAAAGGAUUGUGGUGGUGAUGAUGGGGUAGCACAAACGACGAAUCCAGUUGAGCUAGAUGAAAGAGGGGGAGAUUCAUCAAUGAUCAGUUGGCAGGCAGUUCUCAUGGGUUACGGUUGUGGACUUGUUAUUGGACUGUCCAUAAUAUACAUAAUGUUGUCAACUCAAUAUCCAGCAUGGUUUUCGAGGAUGGAUGUAAAAUUGGAACACAAAAUUCUUACGAGAAUGAGAAGGCACAAGAAAAGACAUUAGUGUGUAACCUCCAGGAUUCAAGUCUACUGCAUCGCUCGGAUGUAAAAAUAGAAGCUUUUACUUUCAUAGUUUGUUAUUCUGUU